UGUUGCACUCACAUUGGCGUGAUGCCAUGACUUCUGAAAUCCAAGUCUUAGAAACCAAUCAUACAUGGGUUCUUAUCCUCAAGUCGUCUAAAUUCAUUUCAUUCUCAACCUGCAAGCACUUCCCAGUACUCGCUAUACUCGCAAGUCACUGCUCUAUAAAUAGAGAGUAUUGCAUCUCGGCUCUUCAUUGACUCAUUUCGUCCACAAAAAUCCCUUAGCAGCCGAUGAAUUGAUUUAAGUGAUUAGAAUGGGGUUUGCAUAUGGGUCUUGUUUAUCCAUCCUCCUUGCGCUAUGGGUUCCGAUUACCUUUCAUAUGGUCCAAUCGUCAAGCAAUCCGGCGCCGGAGAGGUCAACCUACAUAGUUCACAUGGACAAGUCCCUCAUGCCCAAGGCUUUCGCCACCCAUCGCCACUGGUACUCCUCCACUCUCCAAUCUCUCAACGCCACUGCCCCGCAGAAGCCCUACCUUCUCUACGCUUACGACAAUGCCCUUCAUGGUUUCAGCGCCGUUCUAUCUCCGGCCGAACUGGACACACUCCAGAAGUCCCCUGGGUUCGUCUCGGCUUAUCGUGAUAGAAAAGUUGCUCUUCAUACCACGCACACCCCCGAGUUCCUUGCUCUGAGUCCUUCCGCGGGUCUUUGGCCGGCUUCCGAUUACGGCAAGGACGUCGUCGUCGGAGUCAUCGACAGCGGAGUGUGGCCUGAGAGCAAGAGCUUCGGCGACGCCGGGUUGACCAAAAUCCCGGCCAGCUGGAGAGGCACGUGCCAGGAGGGACAGGAAUUCAAUUCCUCCAUGUGUAACUUGAAGCUCAUAGGAGCUAGGUACUUCAACAAGGGAUUAAUAGCCGCAGAUCCACGCAUAAAUAUCGACACGAACUCGGCCAGGGACACGAAUGGGCAUGGAACCCACACCGCCUCCACGGCCGCCGGAAACUACGUGGAAGGUACAUCAUUCUUUGGCUACGCUAAGGGAAUGGCAAAAGGGGUGGCCCCUCGUGCCAGGGUAGCUGUCUACAAGGUCGUUUGGCCGGAUGAAGAGAUCUCUGGCUUUACCUCCGAUGUUGUCGCUGGCAUAGAUCUCGCUGUUGCCGACGGUGUUGAUGUGAUAUCGAUCUCCUUGGGCCUCGAACCAGAUAGGCCUCUGUACAAGGACCCAAUUGCGAUAGCUGCCUUUGGGGCCAUGGAGAAGGGCGUGCUGGUUUCGGUCGCGGCGGGAAAUUAUGGACCGUCACUUGCGACCAUAGUAAACGGAAGCCCAUGGACCCUGACCGUCGCUGCCGGCACCGUCGAUCGGCAACUUGCAGGGAUGCUAAAACUGGGAAAUGGGCUAACUAUCGUCGGAUGGACGAUGUUCCCGGCAAACGCUGCGGUGGAAUACUUUCCAGUGCCUUUGGUGUAUAACAAGACCCUUUCCUCGUGCAAUUCCUCUGUUUUGCUAGCUGAGGCGCCUAGCUAUGCUAUCAUCAUUUGCGACCAAACGGAAUCUGUCAUCAACCAAUUAUACUAUGUUGCAGCAUCAAGAGUUCGCGCGGCUAUAUUCAUCUCUGACUCCCCCUCAAUUUCAGAGCUUGGGAAAUUUCCUUGUCCUGGAAUCGUGAUUAGUUCCAAGAACGCGUCAACGGUGAUCAAAUAUGCUAGAACCAAGCAUAAUCCUACUGCUAGCAUGAACUUCAGAGAGACCAUUUUGGGAGCAAAGCCAGCACCAACCGUUGCUUCAUUCAGCUCAAGAGGUCCCUCAAGGAGCUAUUCCGGCAUCUUGAAACCAGACAUAAUGGCUCCAGGAGUCAAAGUUUUGGCCGCUUGGAUUCCAAAUAUACCUACAACUCCUGUUGGUUCAAAUUCGUAUCUGACCAGCGAUUACAACAUAAUAUCAGGGACGUCCAUGGCUUGUCCUCAUGCUUCGGGUGUUGCUGCGCUCCUUAAAGGAGCACAUCCCAAAUGGAGUCCGGCUGCUAUUCGCUCUGCCAUGAUCACUACCGCUAACCCUUUUGACAAUACCUUCACUCCUAUUAAGGAAAAUAGCGAGAAUUUCAGUUUUGCAUCACCUCUGGCCAUGGGAGCGGGUCAAGUUGACCCAAACAGAGCACUAGAUCCGGGUCUUGUGUACGACGCGACUCCGCAAGACUACAUCAAUCUCCUUUGUUCCACGGGUCUUACCAAGAAGCAAUUGGUAACCAUUAUAAGAUCAAGCAAUCAUAGUUGCUCCAACCCUUCUUCUGAUCUAAAUUACCCGUCCUUUAUUGCUUUGUAUAGUAACAGGUCCAUGUCAACAAAGGUUAAAAAGUUUCAAAGGACUGUAACCAAUGUGGGAGAUGGGCCGGCGACUUACAAGGCAGAGGUAACACCCCCAAAGAAAUCCGUUGUUACGGUCACACCGGAGAAAUUGGUUUUUGCAGAGAUGUAUGAGAAACAAAGCUACAGUCUAACUAUAAAAUAUGACCACGACAAAUAUGGGAUGGUUUCAUGGGGCUCGCUUGUUUGGGUGGAAAAUCAGGGAAAACGCACCGUGAGGAGUCCUAUAGUGGUGUCGCCGGUGGUGGUUGGUUGACGCUGCAUCAUAUGUAUAUAUAUAUAUUAAAAUAUCUAGCCUGUAGCCUGCAUGCAUGGGCGCAUAAAGGCUAAUAUUGUGGCAAAAAAGUGGGUGUGUAAUUAACUCGUACGAGUGUUUGGAUGAAAAACUAUUAGGUUCUUGGGAGGACUAACAUGGUCCUCCCAUUAAGCUAUAUUCUCCAAUAAAAUCACUAUAAAUAAUGGAUUUUAUGUA